AUGGUAUGGCCAUUUCGAGCCUCAGCACCCGACAAGCGCGCAGGCGAUGACGAUCAGCCCAAGAAGCGGCCCGUCUCAUGGCCGGAUUCCCUGGGCACAGGAGAUUCGAGUCCGCUAGCAGCCGCCAAAGAAUGGGCACCCGUGGUUGGGUUCUCCCUGGUAGGCCUCGCGGCGCUGCAGCUCUAUGCGAAUUACCUGCGCCGGAUCCCAGGCGCUGCCUACGUGCGGCCCAAUUUCUUUCGCAAUAGGAGCUUGUUUGGCAGGGUGACGAGCGUUGGCGACGGCGAUAACUUUCACCUGUUCCACACGCCGGGGGGGAGGGCCGUGGGCUGGGGAUGGCUGAGAAAGGUCCCUGAGACGAGAAAAGAGCUCAAGGGACGAACUAUACCCAUUCGCAUUGCUGCGAUUGAUGCGCCAGAGGGAGCGCACUUUGGAAACCCAGCUCAGCCCUACUCAGACGAGGCCCUGCAGUGGCUUCGCAACUACAUCUUGAACCGAAACGUGCGUGCGUACAUUUACAAGACGGACCAGUACCAGCGGAUCGUGGCGACCGUCUACGUGCGCCGGUUUCUGCUGCGCAAGAAUGUCGGCCUGGAGAUGAUCAAGAGCGGGCUGGCCACCGUCUACGAGGCAAAGACUGGCAGCGAAUUUGGGGGACUGAAGGAGCGAUAUGAGAGGGCCGAGGCCAAGGCGAAGAGGAAGCGCAAGGGAAUGUGGGCUGGAGAUCCCAAGACCUUUGAGAGUCCAAGGGAGUAUAAGACAAAGUGGGCGUCGCAGCAAGACAAGGCCCAAUGA